CGUGAGAGAAAGAUGCAGAGGUUCAAACUUUCCCACAUUAAACUGUUGGACCAUAAAAGGACAAACGGGUCUGAAGCUGCAGUUUAACCCGCAGAGGAGCUCCUGUGGCCGGCUGCAGGCUGUGCGACCGCCCGCUGGGACCCACCGGAACCGAGCUGACCCGCACCUCCACCUGCUGCUGCUGCGCGAGCCCCGGCACGAGCCCCGGCACGAGCUCCCCUCAGGCAUGGCAUUCACUGGAAGGCACGAGCCCGAUCAAUACGGCUUCUCGCGGAUUUCUAGAAAAAAACUGGGAUUUUUAAAACCAGUUUAAAGAGAAAACCCGGAGUUAAAAUUAAAGAGUGAAUAUUAAUUAAACACUAAACGAUGAGUCUGUGGACUAACGGCUCCUCCGCGGAUCUUUACCCCGGGACGGAGGCGCCUCUGCCGGGCUCCAACUCCUCCAGCAACCGCUCGGACGGCUCGCUGCCCCGCGCCGCCCCGCUGGACCUGAGCCGGGCGGUGCCGGUGGGCAUGGUGCUCGCAUCCUUCAUCAUGUUCGCCAUCGUCGGGAACAUCCUCGUCAUCCUGUCGGUGGUUUGUAACCGACACCUGCGGAUCCCCACCAACUACUUCAUCAUCAACCUGGCCAUCGCCGACCUGCUGCUGGGGACCACCGUGCUGCCGGUGUCCGCCACCCUGGAGGUUCUGGAUUAUUGGGUGUUCGGUCGGAUCUUCUGUGACAUCUGGGCGGCGGUGGACGUCCUCUGCUGCACGGCGUCCAUCAUGUCUCUGUGCGUCAUCUCCAUCGACCGCUACAUCGGCGUCCGCUACCCGCUGCAGUACCCGAUGAUCGUCACCGAGAAGCGGGCGCUGCUCGCCAUGCUGGGCGUCUGGAUCCUCUCCAUCGUCAUCUCCAUCGGGCCGCUGCUGGGCUGGAAGCAGCCGCCAUCGCAGGACGACACCGUCUGCCUCAUCACCGAGGAACCUUUCUACGCCCUCUUCUCGUCGCUCGGCUCCUUCUACAUCCCUCUCGCCGUCAUCCUCGCCAUGUACUGCCGCGUCUACAUCGUGGCCAAACGCACCACCAAGAACCUGGAGGCCGGCAUGAUGAAGGAGCGCCAGCAGGACUCCAACGAGCUCACCCUUAGGAUCCACUGCAGGAACCAGCAGAUCCAGGAGCUGUGCCCCGCCUCCAGGGCCGCAGGGGGCGGAGCCUCGGCCGGACGCAGCACGCUCACCGUCAAACUGCUCAAGUUCUCCAGAGAGAAGAAAGCUGCCAAGACGCUGGGCGUGGUGGUGGGCAUGUUCAUCCUCUGCUGGCUGCCCUUCUUCCUGGCGCUGCCCAUCGGGUCGUUCAACAGCAGCCUGCGUCCUUCCAAAACCUUCUUUAAAGUAUUUUCUGGUUUGGGAUACUUCAACAGCUGCCUGAACCCCAUCAUCUACCCCUGCUACAGCCGGGAGUUCCAACAGGUCCCACGUCAGCGACCAAUCAGCAGCCAGCGUUUCUGGGACAAGAACCCAGAAUUGAGUCAGUGA